UUCAUUUGUGCACUUAACAAAAAUAAUCAGCAAUAUGUUGGAUCUAAUCGGAUCCAAUCUGCCACAGCGACAACGAGAGUUGAAUAAACAUGUUAAUGAAGCAUUUUCCAAAAAAACUAACUUUGAUGAAAUUCGAUCUUCUGAAGAAAAUUCCGAUGUCGAUCGAUUGUUUAAAAUUGACGUUGCUUCGAAAUAUAAAAACGUUGAUUACAUUAUAGAAACUCUUAAAUGUGGAGAUACAUUAUACAUUUCGAGAGCUUUGAAGUGCGAUUGGCUGUAUGGAGAUGAUUUUUCUCAAAUAAUUAAUCCAGAUUAUUUACAUCAUAAUGUUUUUCCAUCGAUGUCGUUUAAGAUGAAAAAGAAAAUGCUCUGUGCUAUAUCAUGUCACGUGAGAAAUGAAGAAAGAAUGCUUAAUUUCUAUAAAUAUUGUUUAAAUGUUAAACUUGAAGAUUAUGCAUUAAAAUUCCUUAUUUUUACAUCUGAAGCACACAAAUUUGAGUACAUAGAAAACAAAAUUAAAAUUGACACGAAAUUGGACCUGCAGGAUUUUUUUGGAAAUUCAUUCAAUCUCAUUGAGAAAUAUUUAAAACAAUUAAGAAGUCAGCAAAUGUUUACGAAAGAUGAAAUAAUUCAUUUUCGUUACUUAUAUUCUAUUUCAAAAGAAAAAUAUUUAAAUUUAUUUGAAGAGUUUGGUCACCAAGACCGUUACAAUGAACCAAAGUUAGGACAACGGCUCUCUAAGCAAAUAAUGACCAAGCAUAAAGAGAGAGUUCUAAGAAAUCCUUCUCUAUAUGUAAAAAACCUAAACAUGAAAACUAUUGUGAAAUAUAGUUCUGCCGAAGAUGCUAAGCAGUAUGCUGUUGCUUUGUUACCAAGUGAUGUAAAUCAUUUCUGGUAUAUGGAUUUUUAUGAAACAUAUAAAAGCAUACUGAGUUUGAUACCGUUUAAUGAAAUUUACAGCUUCUUAAGACAAAUUUUUAUGAAUAAAUAUCAUGACAAAGAAUUUGAAAUGAGUAAAAACUUUUAUGAACGAAAAUAUUAUCGACUGUUAACAGUUGAAGAAAGAGAGUUAUGGGCUUUGAAGCAUAUAGAGCAAGGGAAGGAACUGUUGGGUUCAGGUGAAGAUUACCUGUGGUAUCAGUUUAUUAAUUUUGAUAUAGCAUUCAAGGGUAUAAAAAAAUAUAUAUACAAAACUGAUGAUAGAUCUAAACGAGCUGAAAUUGUCAAAGUUUUAGUAUCUGCUGUUAGGAAUGAGCAAGACUUAGAGAAACUGACCCAAUAUUACUACGAGCGACAUGUCAAUGAGAUAGAAUUUAACAAACAAGACUCCUUGAAUAAAAUCAUUGACUUGCACAAUAUUUUUAAUGUUAAUGAGUCAUGUUGGAAUUUUAUUAAUAAAAUUUUCCACAGUAUGAAAAGCUUUACAGGAGAGUAUAUGAAUUCUACAAAAGCGCUUGCUAUUAUUUAUUACAUAAUAAAUAACAAAGAUAUACCAUCAAACCUUCAAGUUGAUGGAAUAUAUUUAUAUGAAAUAGAACAAUAUUUCAAACCACACUUCAGGUAUUUAACUGAUGAUCAAAGUGAUCUUGUUUUUGAGUUCUUCAAAAAAUUAUUUAGUGAAAAAAUUAAAAGAUUUGAUGACAAAGAAUAUAAUAAUGAUAAUAAAGAUCAAAUAAAUAACAUCAUUGGUUCCUUUUUAGAUGUUUUGGUAUUUUUUAAUAAGACAAAGCAUGACUGUCCAGAUAUUAUUUAUAAAUAUAUUAAACUUGACUGGGAAAUUUAUAAAGACAGAGAAUUGUUUAAGGAAACUACUGAGGAUGAACCUGUUUGUCUAACACCUGUAUUAUUAAUUCGCUUACUAAAACAAGAUACUACAGAAUUUUUAAAUAUUCUACCAGAUGCGAUAGAUAAACUUUCUUCUGGCUGGAUCUGCAGUAAUUUGAACAGUUUAAUGAAAAAACUACGAAUAUAUUUUUCAAAUGAUAUCACUAAGAACUGUAUAAACAUCUUUGAAACAUUUUUAUUACAAGAAGGUUUAUUGUACAAACGUAACCUUGUUUUUACUGUUAUUAAUGGUAUAUUUCAUAUUGCGGAUAAUGAUUACAAAAUCAAUUUUAUUACCAAGUACUCACCGACAGAAUCAAAAGUAGCUCAUGACAAGAUUGACCAAAACAUUUUAUUGAUUCAAGAAGGUAUUUGUCGCUUUGCUUAUUACUCAAGGCCACCUGUACCUUUACCAGCUAUUUUGAAAUUUAUAAAAGGUGAUUACUUGAGCUUUUGUUUGCCCAUGUUGAAUUCCUAUGUAGCAAAUUUACCAAAACAGAGCUCCAUAGAAUUUAUUUCUGCCAUUCUCGAUGCACCAGUAUCAGUACAAAAGCAUGGUUUAAGAUUAGCAUUCCGGUGCUUCAAUUCUGAAGAUUUAAAGAAAUUGAUAAUGGAUGUCUGGAAAAAUACAAAAAAUGUAUCUCUGCGCAAAAUCCUCUACAAAUGCCUAUUUCAUUAUAUAAAUAAAUUGGAUGAUAAUUUGCAACAGAGUCUCUAUGAGGUAUUAAAAUCCUGUACUUUAGAUUUAAACGAGGAUGACGACGACGAAAUUUUUAGCCUUUUGAGUUGCUAUUUGCCAGAGUCUUUGAAAGGUGAUUAUCUGGAAUCAGCUUGGAAGGCGAUCGAAACAUUUUCAGAUCAAAAAUCGAAGAACGUUGAUAGGAAAAUUAUGGUCAUAAGAGAAAUAGGGCAGAAUAUCCAUAGUGUAGAUAUGGAGUUUUGUCGCAAUAAAAUAUUAAAUGAGAUGAUUGAGCCUACGACAUUUAAACAAAAGGUAGAAAUGUUUGACAACACUUGGGGAAACAACACACUUAUUUACGAGAAGUGGAUUCUUGCUGUUAAAUAUAUUGUCAAUUUUAAAAACGAAAAAGAAUUGAAUAGAUGUUGGGAACUAGCAUCAAUUAUUAUUAAAAAAUGCAUUGAACUGAUGGGGAAAAGCGAUGAUAAAUUCUUAGUGCAUAAAUUUUUAAUGGAGAUUUUGCAAAAAAUUCUGAAAUAUUCUUGUAAUAUCACAGAUAAAAUACAAACGGUGCCCAUAUUAGAGAAAAUAAUGGAUCUAAUCCUACACUCGAUGCCAAUGAAUAAAAUAUAUUUAUUGUAUUGGAAUUACAACUUAACUAUAAUCUCUAAGAAAGUUGUGGGCCCCAAACAGAUUGACGCAAAUGGAGAACUAAGUUAUGAUCACUUAGAUACCUUGGUAAUAGCUACUGGGUUUACUGAUGCGUUAAUCUCAUUUAUUAAUUGUCUUAAAGAGAAAAACAUUUAUUAUUGUAGCUUGAAUGUUGAAAUCACUGAAGUUAUUUCCAAUGUAAUCGACACGAUCUUGUAUAACACAAAUUUAACAAGAGAUGUUUUAGAAAUGUGUAUAUGUAAUCUUCUAACUAAUAGUCAAGUACCAGAGACAUUUAUACUAACUUUGACUCUUCUUGGUUCACGGUAUUCAAGUUACCAGAAGCUGGGCAAUAUUUCGGAAAAAGUUAUCAAGUUUGGCAAUGACGAAAUAAUAACUUUUAUGUAUCAGAAAUUUAAUUGAAAAUAAUGUAUAUAUUCUAACCAUUACCAAUGUAACCGAUGUAUUUAAAUAAAUAUGUUACAUAUCCAUGUA